CACAUACAUUUUCCCCUUGCCCAUUAUAUACAUAUAUAUUUUAACCUUUUUUCUUUUCUACAUAUAAUCAGUUGAAUGGCGGAGCGUUACAGCGCGGCGUGUUACAGGGCGGCGGUGUUGGCGCUGGUUGUGACCGUGUUGUGUAGUGCCGCGGCGGCGCAGCAAGUUCCGUGCUACUUCAUUUUUGGCGAUUCAUUGGUGGACAACGGGAACAACAACCAGCUUCAAUCUUUGGCUAGAGCCGAUUAUUUGCCUUAUGGGAUUGAUUUUGGUGGACCCACUGGAAGGUUCUCCAAUGGCAAAACCACAGUUGAUGUUAUCGCCGAGCUAUUAGGAUUUGACGAUUAUAUCUCUCCCUACGCCACCGCAAGAGGCCGAGACAUCCUUAGAGGCAUUAAUUAUGCAUCCGCCGCCGCCGGCAUCAGAGAGGAAACUGGUCGCCAAUUGGGAGGACGCAUAAGCUUUAGUGGACAAGUGGAGAAUUACCAAAACACAGUGUCUCAAGUGGUGGAUCUACUUGGAGAUGAGGACUCAGCUGCAGCUUAUCUCAGUAAAUGCAUAUACUCAAUAGGGUUGGGGAGUAAUGACUAUCUCAACAACUAUUUCAUGCCUCAAUUUUACUCAACAGGCAACCAGUUUACACCUCAACAAUACUCUGAAAACCUUCUCCAACAGUAUUCCGAGCAGCUUAGGCUUUUGUACAACUAUGGAGCUAGGAAGUUUGUGCUGUUUGGACUUGGUCAGAUUGGUUGCAGUCCAAAUGAGUUGGCUCAGAACAGUCCAGAUGGAAGGACUUGUGUUCAAAAGAUCAACUCAGCCAAUCAAAUAUUCAAUGCUGGUCUUAGAUCUUUGGUUGAUCAAUUUAACAACAAUCAAGCUGAUGCUAAGUUUAUCUACAUUGAUUCUUUUGGCAUUUUUCAAGAUGUCAUUGACAAUCCACCUGCCUUCGGUUUUAGGGUUGUGAACACUGGAUGCUGUGGAGUAGGAAGGAACAAUGGGCAAAUCACAUGUCUACCCUUUCAAACUCCAUGCUCAAACAGGGAUGAGUAUCUAUUUUGGGAUGCAUUUCAUCCAACAGAAGCUGGGAAUGCCGUGAUCGGGCGGAGAGCUUACAGCGCUCAACGUCCAACCGAUGCAUACCCAAUCGAUAUUCGUCGACUUGCACAACUCUAAGAUGGAUUUGAAGAUGUGUUAUGGGUUUUAUAAUAUGUUGUAUGGUUCAUAAAUUAUAUACAUACUUGUUUUCA